UUGCUCCUUUUGGUUUUGGUACGUUGUUGAUGGGAUACAGACGGGGGCGGAUUUGGGCAAGGGUCGGGCCCCUUGAUUUCAACAUAACCCCAUCCGUGCUCAGCUACCCGUCUCUGGUUUGGGUUGUGUGGAUAUUUGUGCAUCUUCGGCAAGAUGCGAUGUUGUGGCGACAAAUAACGACUUACAUGAGUUAGUUUUUCCCUUAUGGCAUCACCUCUGCACCGCGCGUGCGCGCGCGCACGUCUGCAAAUAUGAAAUCGAGGCAAAAAUCUGGUUUCUUUCCAUUUAUAAGCAUUUGCCAUUUGUUAGGGGACCUCGCCGCGCGGCACC